AACACACAUGCAGUUAGAUUUGCAGAACCUGCAGCCUGAAAGUUCAGAUUCAGACAAAACUGGAAUAAGUUUGGGGUGAACUGACAAUCAAGAAUUCUGAACAAAACCCAGAAAUGUGGAAGUCUAUUUUGGAGAGAGAUGAUAAUGGAAGUCAGCUGGGAGAUAACAUUUUGGAUGAUGAAGAAGGCUUCUGCUCCUUCUCUCCUCUCCAAAGGAUCUAUGCUUUCUCUGCUUGCUUGGGUGCUGGCAUAGUAUGUAUGUUCUUGUCAUAUAUUGCUUUUGCCAGACCUAUCAGGUUUGCUCUUUUGUUUUCCUUUGGAAACAUUUUAGCUGUUGGAAGCACAAUCUUUCUUGUUGGACCGCGCAAGCAAAUAAAGAUGAUGUUGGAUCCGGUUCGCGUUUUUGCCACUGUGGCUUAUGUUAUCUGUGUCAUCUUUGCUCUUGUUUGUGCACUCUGGAUGCAUAGUGUAAUAUUAUCAAUACUUGCAGUCAUAUUCGAGAUUCUCGCCCUUCUAUGGUAUGGUCUGAGUUACAUCCCUUUUGCUCGUGGGAUGGUUUCGAAUAUGAUAAGGCGUGUUUUCAACAGAGAAUCUUGAUGGUUUUCCCCAUUGAAGAGUUGCAUUCUUCAAUUCUUCUGUCACCAAAUUGCAGACAAUUUGCAUUGUGUUUAUCCAGCUUUUGUGGAAGCCAUUGGUGUAUUAUAGGUGGAAACAAGAACAACGUUGGAUUGUAUCCGAUGUUCCAUGCUCUACAACAUUUUAUUAACACAGAAAUACAUGAAUGAAACACAUUAAUUAACUUGUUUGUUGUC